AAUUUCCCAAAAUAUCAUAGGCUAUUGAUUGCAUAAUUUAAUUGUGCGUUUCUUUUUUUUGUUUAGUACACAAGUAAUUGCAUACCAGACAUACACAACUUUAACAUCACGAUAUACAUUACUAAUUUGCUUACAAUUGGAUUUUAAGAAAAUCAGGUUAAAACAUUUUAAGAUGAAGUUUCUUCUUUUGUUUAAACGUAUAUGCUUUAUCCAAUAAGUACAUGUAUUUAUUCGACGGAUAAUACCUUGCUGAAUUCCUGAUGAUGUUCAUUUAUUUUUAUGUUUUGUUUUCUCCUUUCUUUGUCUGGUUGGAUCUAACAAUAGGAGAACCAAGAUACUUUGAAAAAUAUAUGGAGAUGUUUAAAGGAGACGUGGAAAUUUAUCGACAUGUACGCGUUGUUUUUACCGGCCGAGAGGGCGCAGGAAAGACGACGGCAUGUCAACGUCUACAAAGGAAAAAUGUCGACCUCGACAUUCGCGAACCAACUGUGGGAGCUGUUUUACAUCCAAAUUGGUUCUCCGUGGACGAGAAAUCUAACGAGUGGAUACAAAACGAUGAUAAAUCGGCCAGCGAAAUAUUGGAAAUCCGUCUAGGCAAAACGAUGAAGAAAGCACAAGCAAACAAAAAAGCUGGUUUGGAGACAGGAUUUCGAGAGAGCGCAACAGAUUUAUCAAUGACGUCAUCACAAACAUAUGACCUGUAUGAAAAGCAUUUCGAGGAAUGCAAUGCAGUGCAAGAGGCUUCACAGCAUGCCAACAUGGAUGGGGUUCUCCUAUCUCUGUGGGAUAUGGGUGGACACUCGUCGUUUCAGGCAUCGCACAAUGUGUUUAUUUCGUCACAUGGCGUAUACCUGCUAGUCUUUAGACUGACAGAUUUUCUCAAAGACAAAUUGGAAACUGACAGACUAAAAAAAUGGAUUCGAAUGAUUGGCACAUUUUCGUCAGUUGAAUUGAAUGCACCGAAGCUAAAGGAACAUGAACCUCCACUGAUAUUUGUCGGCACCUUCCUUGAUGAAUUGAGGAGGAUCUCCACGGACUAUGAAGGACAGGUACAAGCUAUACAGUCAAGCAUUUCCAAAUUUCCCGAACUUUCAUCACACAAGUUUGUCAGGUUCUGUACACUCGAUAAUAGCCAAGGUACGGAACCAGCCCAGCUGUCAUCGCUUCAUGUUCCUAGGACAGAAGUCCAGAAUCCACGUCUGCCAUCAACUUCCCGCAAUGAUGAUGCAAAUCUGAAACAAUUACGAGGAACUAUCAUAGAAUUAGCCGAACACCAGGAUCAAUGGGGGAGAAAACUUCCUACCAGAUGGUUAAAGCUCGAGAUGGAUUUACUAAAAGCAAGAGAAAGGGGGACUAAGAUACUGACAUUGGCGAAGGUGAUUGAAAUGAACGAAACGUCCAUAGCCCCACUGGCGGAUGUUGCUGAGAUCGUACUGGCCCUAGAGUACCUCCAUUGCACGCGGUCUGUGAUAUAUUUCCGGGAAUUUGAUCACGUCAUCAACGACCCCCAGUGGCUUGCUGACUGCUUCAGCCUCCUGAUUACAGACGAUAUGUUUCUUCCAAAAGACAACAUCGUGCUGUCGAGGGACUUAGAGCUGUACAAGACAAAAGGCGAGUUGACUCUGAAGCUGAUAGAUGCACUACUCAGCAUAGAAAAAAAUAAGGAGUUCCUGCCCCAUAAGCCAAUUCUCCUGGCUCUGAUGGAAAAGUUUGGACUGAUGGUACGGAUACUGAUUUCGGAAUCCAGUACAGGAAAUGCACGUUUCAGUGAGACGUAUUCCAUUCCCAGCAAACUUAUGGAGCUACAAAACACCGAUGGUAUGAUCACAGGCGUCAAUAAUCUCGAGCUGAAUAAUCUUGCUGUCUCAAAAACCCUAUGUCUUAUAUUCCGUGAUGUCUUUGUACCGGAAGAGCUUUUCCACAGAGUCUUUGCCACAAUCAUGAAGACUUACAGAUCAGCAUCACUAUCAGCAACACACAUAGAAGACGAUCUCAGGAGAAAUCUGCUGACGACAGAAGAUACAACCUGUCUUUACAGGGGAUUUGGCUGUUUCGAGGUGAACGAUCUUUGCAGGAUGAUCUUGUCGAUGCACUGGGAGCGGUCUACUAUUGCAGUAACAUUGUUCAGUCCUUCCGAAUCCAAACUUCCUCCAAACUCUGGGCAGCUUGUUAGAACCACUCUGGAGCGGAUUUUAAAGGACACUUUGCAGAUGAGUAGCCAGCAACACUUUCAGUUCACACACAAACUGCACUGUAACUUCCAUCUCAGUCCGUACGACACUCCUGUAGAGCUCUACAGUGUCAUUCACGCAGAAGGAGGCAUGUCAUGUAAAGGAGGGGGAUGUCGAGGAAAACACCGACUGAAGAAAUCAGACCUGUUGUUUUGGGGCAUAACAAAGUUUACCGUACAUUUACAUGGAUUAGGAUCCAGUGACGAGGCAACCUGUCUUGACAGAAGACCGACACCCCAAGAGCUUGGUCGUCUGUCGUACAUAAUCAAGGCGUCCGAAUGUGAGCAACUGUUCAUCGCGCUCGGCCUGUCCCUACCAGAGAUCUCAAACAUAGAGCACCAGACAAGGAGUCUAGUAGUUGUCACGCAGAUAACCAGGAUGUUUCUGAAGUGGACAUACGCCUACCCGAAUCAAACGUUUCGUAACAUCGCAAUGGCCAUGUCGAAGGUCGACAUUGCUACGGACUCUCUCGGCGAGUCCGUAGAGACUGGUUUGGAAUGUGUCAUUCUAGAUGACAUGGAAUCUAACGAGGAUAGACUGAAGAGACCACUACUCGUCAGUGAAAUAGGGAGCAUUGUAGACAACAUAGACAAGGACUACUUCAACCUGUUUCUGGAGCUUGGGCUCUCUGUCCAUGACAUAGAGAAGUGCGAAGUGGAUCAGCCCAGUGUUAAACGUAGGGUGGAGACGCUGAUCAAGCUUUGGAUCAACACUUCCCGGGACCAGGCAACCGUUAUCAGGAUUGUGAAGGCAAUGAAACUGUGCAAAAUGGACUGGUACUCGACCGCCAUGGCAUAUUGUGUUGGGGACGAGGAGGAGACAGGGGAAUGGCCAUGGUGGUCAUGGUGGCGAUGUGCGAUUUUGUAACGUACGCGGAUACCCACCCAAGUCUGUGACAGAACCUUAGCGCAUUAGCGUUUACCUAUGUGUAUGAACAAAUGUCUAAAAUACUGAUUCUUGUAUAGGAAACUCAACACAUUUAUUAACACGUGUAUAGGCCUAUCUAUUAUACCGAUACUUGUGAAAGAAACUCAAUACAUUUACUUAUACGUGAGUGUAUAUGAACUUGUAUAUAGACUUUAAAGACUGACGAUUUGUUAAGAGUGAUAAAGGACAAAAAACGUAAAAAAAAUGGAAAAGAAAAAUUGAAAAAAAAUCGCACUUCCAUGCAGGCACAGCGGAUAUGGUAAUAAAAUAGAAAAAAAAUCUACUUUUUAUUAGACAGGGAUUCAAACAUUAUGAAUAUACUCAAAUUAAAUUAAAUGCAACACAUUCCCUUCUCCCCGUAACGUUAAGGCAGCUCGGAGGAGGUUAGCACGAUCAUUCGGAACUCCUUUUCCUGUAUCAAUUUUCCCUCUCCCUUGCGGACAUUGACUUAAAACGCCUUUAGUCAAUAUAUAAAUAUAACUCUACACAUUUAUGUUGCGUAUCAAACACAAUCAUUCCUGAUCAUAUUUCAGUGGUUUUGGUAAAUAAUUGUUUUCUUUAUUUUGUCUCGUUCUAUUAGACGAAAUGCAGAGCAUGCGACUGAAGGGUUCCUAACAAAGUAAGGCAAAGAUAAAAACAAAUCCAGAUGUCCAUACUGAAAUACAUGGUUUCUAUGGUAACUUGAUUUGCUGGUUAGAAUCGCAUAAAGAUUGUAGCCCAUUAGUUUUCAAAUGUUCUCGCCUGAUAUAAAAUUAUCAAAUGCCUAAAGCAUCGAGAUUUAGUGUAAUAAUUGUGUCGUCAUAAUCAAAAUAUAACAGUAGUUAUCAUAUACCUAUGCACCUAUGUUUCUGUUUAUGAGUGUAAGACUUAUAUUCGAUGGGGUUUAUAAAAGUAAAGCGAUUGACAAGUAUAAUAUUUUGUUGUAAGAUACUGUUGUAAAAUACCUGAUCCAGAAGGUCAAAAUAUUGCAUGUUUACAGGAAAAAGUUCUGUAACUAUAUAACUAAAUCAGGUUGUAUGGUAAAUUCGUUUACAAUUAAUACGACUUUUCAAACAGAAAACAAGACCAUACAUACUUGAUACUUUACUCAAUCAUGUUAAAUUACACCGAUUUAGCUCAAAUGACAUUUAGUGUCUGUGAGUUACGGUAUUGUAUAAUGUCCGUUCUCUGCGUCCAUCCGUCCGUCUAUUAACUGUCUUUCUAAACAGGUUCUUAUUUAGAACUGAACUACUAAGAGAUAUGAUGAAUGAUCAGAAGCUAUAGAAAGGAUCCUCUGUUGAAAAUGUUCCCCCUGUAAAUGAGGCUGCAGACGUGUUUCAAUAAUCAAACAACAUUCCUGUAAAGAACCGCACGGUUUAGAGUCAUGAUACUUGGAUAGGGUAUGUAGAACAGCAAGGAAUAUAUUCUAUGUUAUGAUAUUUUAUCUAAGCGAUGGUCAGGGUCGAACAUUCAUUAUAAGUGAAAAGCAUUCCAAAUGUUAAUAAAGUUUUAAAUCAAUAAGCUUAGGGGUUUUAUGUACAUCCUCUAUUGUGUAAAAAGUAGUAACGACAAAUUCGAAUUUCCAACCUGUUUCCUUAUCUUGUCUUAGAUGAUAAUUGACAGGUGUUUUCUCAUUUAGGUUAUGGUGGUAAUUUUUAAAUGUCACAUAGGUCAAAAUAUUUUAAUUUCGAACUAUAUUAAAGAGGCCUUAAAUAACGAAACCUGGGUAUGGCAGUGCAUUUCAUCUCUAUUGUAUUUUGUUGUAUCACAUUGAAGCGUGUGCGAGAAAGGGAUAUAAAACAGAAUAUAGUCUACCGCGGAUUGGAUCAUAUAAAUCAUUAACUUGACUUCAAAGUCAUCUAUGAUAGUUUUUUAGAACAAUCCAGUUGAGUGCUACAGGCCAUCUAUGACUCUUGUUAACAUAACCUGAAAAUGAAAUAAAUAUUAUCAGUUUUGCAAUAUAAUUUGAGAUAUGCCUGUAAUGCUUAUUUUAAUCUUACAAUAUGAUAUAUUAUAAAUAUCGUAUAUUUUUGUAGGUCGCGGUGUAAUUAACUGCAUACUUGCCAGAUUCAGUGUUAACAUACAGUGACUAAAGACCAGAAUAUGGCGAAUUCGCCAGAAACGUUAGAUGUUGAAGUGAGAAGUGGAACAGUUUAUGCUUAUUUUUAUUACUUAAGCAAAAUGCUCAGGUUUUGUGUAUUGUCACAUAAAUAAAUCGGAUAAUCUAGGCUUUUGUACAGUUAUAUAACACGUAUUACUGUGGAAAGGGAAAUCAGCAACCGAGGUGUAGUCGUACCAUCAUAUUGAUAGGAUACAGUGACUGACCUAGAUAAUAUUUUGUAUUGUUUGGUUAACUAUAUAACAAUACUAUGACGAGUGUUUCACUUUCCUAUUCAUUAGUAUAUAUGCAGAAUCAACAUGAGUAAUAUGGUUUUGAAUGUUGAGUUAAGAUAAGGAAAACACAUUUAAUCAUAUCUAGAAACGUAUUUUUUAUGUAUUAGUUUAUUUUUCUUUUCUCAAUCUUGACAAAACGCAUUGAUGAAUUUAGACGUCUCCAAUUAAAUUGUUUUGUUUUCACAGCUACCAUAGAAAAUAGUUGUUAUUGGUGAAAUAAAAGUGCUCGAUCUAAAUGGAUAUUAAUUAUGAUAAAUUCUCACAAAAAAGUCAAAACAUUUACUAUAAAGAAUUGUGUUGAAGGGGAAAACAUCGGAGAAAUAAACUUAUUUUUAUACAGAAGAAGAUUAUCGUUUCCUGUUUCCAACACUUAUAGUGUUCCUUUUCUCUUGUAUCGUAUGCUAAAACAAAAAUAUGAUUGUUGUACUUUUAAAUAUAAGUGUUUUAAAAACUAACGAAUUUGCAUUAUAUUGUAAAUAUCAAAGGAUGAUGGAAAUCUGUCAAUUUCAUUUUGGUGUUGAUAUGUAAACACCAACUGAAAUGAUUUACGAAAUGCACAUGUAUACCACCUGUUUGUAGUAUUGUAUGUGUGUGCUGACUUUUUAACAAAUACAAUUUUAUAUUGACA